GGCGCUGGCCCGGCGCCCAGGGGCGGUGCGGGGCGGAGCGGGGCGGAGCGGGAAGCAUGAAAUGGCGGGCGGGCGGCGGGGGCAGGGCGAGAGCGGCAACGGCGAGGAGACGGAGCCGCCAGCACCGGGGCUGUGCCCGCAGGCAAAGACAAAGCCCUGGAGAAGGGUUGCCCUGUCCUGUUGCAGAGUUCCUGUCAGGUCCCAGGAAAUCAGAGGGGACUGCGUUCUAACCAGGCAGCACGCUCCUUAGGGUUGAGGGCAAGGACUUUGAUCUCAAGCAGAGGGUGACGAGAGCUGCUUCAUUUCUGAACCCAUCAUGGAACAGGAUAUCCAUAGCGGUGGAUUUAACCAGAUGGAGCGCAUGCUGUUGUUUGCUUUCCUGGAGGAGUCCUCUGGUUGUGAGUUUAAAGAGCAGCUGCCGUCCCUACGAAGCCAGGGGAUUGUGUAUCCUCUGCAAGACAUCCUCUACUGUGACAGUGAUGGUGAGCUUCAGACCGAUGGGAAUCGGAGCGGCCAUUUCCAGAACGGUGAGCAAGUGUUUGACCCUGAGGUAAAUGAAGAAAUUGUCCGGACCAUUGCUGCUCAGCUUGCUGAGAUUGGAGACCAGCUGGAUAAAGAAGUCAAAGCAAAAGUAGUAAAUGAUCUAGUGCAGCACUUCCUGAAUGAGAAUCUGUCUAGAGAGGAGAUAACCCGGUGCCUGUCGCAGGCUGUGGAAGUGCUUGCACGAGCCAUCCCCUCAGACCUGGAACGAGAGAAGGCCAUGCUAGUGCUAGCAAUGGUCCUAACGAAGAAAGUGGCAAACAAGGUGCCCUUCCUUCUCCAGCGUGUCUUCAGCACCACUGUGAACUACAUCAGCCAGCACUUCCACGGCUACGUUGCCAGAAUGCUGCGCUGAGUGAGAGAGCUCCAGCCCUCGGUGUGGAGAACGGGCUCCUGAAGACUUUUAGCAUCUGGAUUUGCUCAAACGACUUCUCCUGUUCUUAACUUCUGGGAUACAGCUGUGAAAGGGAAGGCAGAGCUUUGUAGAUAGGCUUUUGUAGACUGGCAUGGCAAUGACGGUAGUGGGAGCUGCAUGGCAGGUCUGCCAGUGCCUGCAAGGUAGAGUGCUUACCCUGUCUAAUUCAUCAGCUUGGGUUUUUUCCUUUCCUUUUCUUCCCCUGUCCCUGUUGGUAGCAGAUGUAGUGCAGGGAGGGUGCGGUGGGCACUGAGCCAUCCCUCCCUGUUUCUCCUCACCAGCUGUCAGGUUCUGCAGCCUUUUGUGCCGCAGCUGGGCCCUGCCAUGGGUGAGCCCUUCCCGGGAAGGCAGCGAGCUGUAGAAGGUGGGGUUUAUCAGCACAGCCUGCGUGGGGGGGGCAGCUCCGUCCUAGAGGGGUGCUGGCAGCAAGCAGCCUUUCAGAAAGCACGAGUGUUUGGCCAGGGAAGGCUAAAAUGCAGGUGCUACAUCAUCUACACCAACCUGGGGUUGCUUGAAAAAUCAAAUUUUAGGUACAAGGGCGAAUUGUUGUGGGGAACGUGAUCUGGCUAUGCUGGAGGCAAGGUGGGCUUUGGCUUUAGCACAGCUUGCCAUAAGGGGAGAGAAGGCAACAGCCGUGUGCCCGGCGGUGUACCUGGCAUCUCUCGUCAGCAACCUCUUGUGGUUGUGUCUCAGGUUCACUUAGCAAACGUGGACUCAGGGUCUCUGAUACUUGAACCACUCACACACAAGGUGGCUGAGGUUUUGCCUGUGAUUCAGCUGCCCCUGAAGAAAUGAUGUAAAUACUGUAGUGUUUUUGCUGUUGUUUUUUUUUAAAUAAAAAUGUCUGUUCUCAAGAACUGUA